AUGGAGACGAUCCUCAACAGAGACACUGCCAAGCACAUCUGGGACUCUUUGAAGCAGAAGUACCAGGGUUCCACAAGAGUCAAAAGAGCACAGCUCCAAGCUCUUCGGAAGGUGUUUGAGGUCCUCCAGAUGAAAGAGGGUGAGAGUGUUGAUGCGUACUUCGCUCGAACACUCAUCAUAGCAAACAAGAUGAAGAUUCAUGGUGAAAACAUGCCGCAAGUGGGCAGCUUACUGGUACAUAAGCAGAGGAUGAACGGGCAUGGAGGAGAUGAGCAGGCAUUAAAGGUGACCUACGAUGAUAGAAUUGGUGGCCGAGGAGGCAGUCGAGCUCAUGGAGCUUUUCGAGGUAGAGGUAGAGGAAGAGGUAGACAAGCAUUCAACAAGGCUACAGUUGAGUGUUGUAAGUGUCAUCAAUUAGGGAGAGAAGAUGUCUGGUUCCUUGACUCAGGGUGUAGCAAUCAUAUGUGUGCAAAUAAGGAGUGGUUCUUUGAUCUUGAUGAGGAAUUCUGGCAAUUAGUGAAGCUCGAGAAUAAUUCCAAGAUGGUUGUGUUGGGAAAGGGUAACAUUAGAUUGCAAAUUGCUGGAAUUACUUAG